GCGUGGUGGAAUCCAUCGACCACUUCGACGGUUUCGCCUUGGUCAACAUGGCCAUACGUCGAGCCAUCGAAGGUCGUAAGGACCGGUUGAUGCCAAUCAUUUGCAUCCUUACCUUUUUCUUGAGCUCAAUCAUUGACAAUCUCACCUCGACCAUUGUCGCCGUAAAGAUCUUGCGGCGCCUGGCUCCAGAGAACCAGGAGUAUCGUCAGCUGUGUGGUGGUCUUGCAGUCAUUGCUGCCAACGCUGGAGGUGCCUGGAGUCCCAUCGGAGACGUGACGACCACCAUGCUGUGGAUCUCGGAUCGAAUUUCUGCCACGAAAACGGUGCUAUGGCUCUUCUUCCCGUCCUUGGUGGCAGGCGUUCUGCCCCUCUGGUUCUUAAGGUGUCGGGCUAGGCGCUUGGACUCCCAAACUCACAAGGAGUCCCAAAGGCACAAGGCCAAGGACAAGAAGGGGCCAAAUUGGGAACAGGAACCCCUGAAAGAGGACAUUGACGCCGAGGAGAAGGAACCAAUCACUCGAAAAAAGAUCACUGCGCUGAUCUUUGGGGUGUUCUGCAUCCUCAUGGUACCUGGCCUGAAGAUGGGCUGCGGCUUACCGCCGUAUUUGGGCAUGCUUUUAGCCUUGGGCCUUAUGUGGCUCCUCACUGACGUUUUGCAGAUGCAGGGCGCCCACGAAGAGGAGGUGGACAGUGAAGGCAUUGAUUCGAGCACGAAACAGCUGAUCAACAUGUUACACCAAGCUGAAAUUGAGAUCAAGGACAAGGAGAAGGCCCUUGAGAUCAAGGACAAGGAGAAGGAGAAGGCCCUUUUGAAGAAGGACCUGGCCCAGCUGGAGAAGGAUAUUCACUAUCCAGAGCUCAAGAGGACAGGCUUUCUAUGCGGUGGGAAACAACCGCUUGGUGCAGCAGUCGCAGUGGCGCUCUGUGAGCUACAGGCAAAAAAGGCGCUUGACAUGAACAUUACAUACGUGGAUGGGAAGUUCAAAGAAGGUGCUUUGCUGAGUGCUGGCUUGGUGCUGCCGAUAGUAUAG